AUUGGCCGCCCCCGGGCCCGCCCCCAGCCCCAGGCCCGCAGGGUCCCGGCCCAGCGGAAAGUUUUCUGAGCUGGAGGAAGUGCAGCCUCUGGAGACUCUGAGAAAGCAGCUCGGCGAGGCCGCGGGGUCCGGACGGCCAUGGAGGAGCCCCCUUUCCGAGAGGAGGAGGAAGAGGAGGGCGAGGGGGACGAGGCUGGGCCCGAGGGGGCCCUGGGCAAGAGCCCCUCGGAGCUGACCGCCGAGGACGUCUACGACAUCUCCUACGUGGUGGGCCGCGAGCUGAUGGCCCUGGGCAGCGACCCCCGCGUGACCCAGGUGCAGUUCAAGAUCGUCCGCGUCCUGGAGAUGCUGGAGGCGCUGGUGAGCGAGGGCAACCUGACGGUGGAGGAGCUGAGGAUGGAGAGGGACAGCCUGCGCAAGGAGGUGGAGGGGCUGCGCAGCCAGGGCCCGCCGGCCAGCGGGCAGGUGAACCUGGGGCCAGACAAAAUGGUGGUUGACCUGACAGAUCCCAACCGACCCCGCUUCACUCUACAGGAGCUGAGGGACGUGCUGCAGGAACGCAACAUACUCAAGGCCCAGUUGCUGGUGGCCCAGGAGGAGCUGCAGUGCUACAAGAGUGGCGUGAUUCCACCAAGAGAAGGCCCAGGAGGAAGAAGAGAAAAAGAUGUCCUGGUUGCCAGGGCCAGCCACAUCGGAGGUAACAAGGAGGAGAAGACAAUCAUAAAGAAGCUGUUCUUUUUCCGAUCAGGGAAGCAGACAUAGACGAAGGCGGUGGUCCUGACUUGAGACCACCCAGCAAGAUGACUUCGAACGUCCUCUCUGUGCCAUGCACACCCUGUGCUUGCUCCUCAUUUCCCCCCACCGCCGGGGGAGGAAGGAGACGAGGGUCCCCCCUCCACCCCCCGCCCCUGGCUACAGAACUGGGAUACCCUCUGAAGUCUGGCCAGGCAGUGGGGAGAGGCACAGAGAAGUCAAGAAAGCAGAAGGAAAAGGCAACGGGGCCGGCCUCCUAUCCCUCCCACCCCCCGAACAGCGCAGGGGCCUCCAGUGUGCUCUUCUGUGCAUGGACCCUGCCUCUAAUGCUGGAGACAAAGUCCACCUGCCAGGACGGAGAGGGAGGAAGUAAUGCAGGAAAAGAGGGUUCUGGCAUUCCACUGGUGAUCGCACUGACAGUGAAUAUUUGAUUUUGCUAACAUAACUUGCUUUGUGAUUUUGUAUCAAAGUAAAACGAUUUUUGUACUUUCUGUAA